AUGGACUUUUAUGGGAUUUAUAGUUAUUAUAGGUUCCAAGAGACGUUCAAACCAUCGAUCCCGAUCGUGAAGGAGUGGGAGUUUAAGUCCAAACCAACACCAAAGCUUAAUCAUGGGGAGCUUGGGGAAGAAGCAUUGGAAGAACGUCCAACAUCGUCGAAGUUUUACGGGGAAAUUGAAGAAAUAAAAGAGACGUCGUCGAAGUUUUAUGGAGAAAUUGAAGAAAUAAAAGAUAGGGUGGAGAGGAGGUUCCAUGAGUUCAAGAACUUUUCGAUGAGUGCUUACCCUCCUUAUGAUCAUUACUUCCGCGAGAAACCGUUUUAUAAUUGUAUAGACGCAGCACUAGCCAAACGGAUUCAAGAAGAACGCGGAAUCCUAAGGCAAGGUCUCCCAAGUUCAAUUUUUGUAAGGGUUUAUGAAUCAAGGAUUGAUGUCAUGAGAGCUGUGAUAGUUGGUCGAGAGGGUGCUCCUUAUCACCAAGGCUUGUUUUUAUUUGACAUAUUCUUUCCUAGCAAUUCUCCCACUCAGCCUCCCCAACUGUUUUACCACUCUUAUGGCCUUGAUUUCAACCCUAACUUGCCUAAAAGCGGCAACGUUUCGCUUGAAGGGGUUAUUUUGAAACAAUCUAAUAUAUUGGAGACACUUGUUUUGAUUCAACAAUUGGUUCUCAUGAACGGUAAACCCUACCUCAAUAGUGAGUAUCCGCGACUCGAUGGAGAGAAAUCCAACUCAAAGUUGAACAAAAGAGUUUUUGUGCAAACUUGUGAAGCCAUGCUUAGUAUGUUGAAGUGCCUGCCUAUGGGUUUUGAAGAUUUUGUUUUAGGGUUUUUCCGCGGUAGAGCUCAUAAUAUUCUGCUCAACUACAAAGCUUGUGCGGAUCUUGAUGAUCAGCCAAUAAAGACGUUGUUCUUCAAGCUUGUGAAGGCAUUUGAAGCUAAUGGAACUUAUUGCCGGCAUCAUUAUAACCAGGAGGAGUAUGAUUUGACAUUCAAAAAAGAGGAGUUCCUUUCAGAGGAGGAGAGAACUAUGGCUAGUUUUUGGCUCCCUUGA